AUGUCAGAUAAUUUAUAUGAUGAAUUUGGUAAUUAUAUUGGAGAAAGUUUAGAAGAUGAAGAAGUAACAUAUGAUCAACAACAGCAACAACAAGAAGAGGAGGAGGAAGAGGAUAGAAAACCAAACCAACAACAACAACAACAACAAUAUAAUGACGAUGAAGCACAUAUAGAAGAAACAGGAGAUAAUGAUGGUGGUGAUGAAAUGAAUAUAGAUAGAGAUAAUAUACAAAUUUCAACAACAUCAGCAAUUGUAUUACAUGAAGAUAAACAAUAUUUUCCAGAUGCAUCAGAUGUUUAUAAAGGUGUUGAAGUUAUGGUACAAGAUGAAGAUUCACAACCAUUAUCAAAACCAAUCAUUGAUCCAAAGAAAAAUAAAUCAUUUACAAUCACUGAAAAAGAUUAUCCAGAAACAAGUUAUUCUAAACAAUUUUUAACCGAUUUAUCAACAUAUCCACAAUUCAUUAGAAAUGUUUCUUUAAUCGGUCAAUUACAUCAUGGUAAAACUUCAUUCAUGGAUAUGUUAUUUCAACAAACUCAUGAAAAGAAAUGGUUAAGUUCAAAACCAAUGAGAUAUACAGAUACUAGAAAUGAUGAACAAGAAAGAUUAAUAUCAAUAAAGUCAACACCAAUGUCAUUAGUUUUACCAAAUUCAAAAGAUAAAUCAUAUUUAAUUAAUAUAUUAGAUACACCAGGACAUCCAAACUUUUUAGAUGAAGUUACUGCAUCAAUUGCAUUAUCAGAUAUUGCUGUAAUUAUCAUUGAUGCAUUAGAAGGUGUAAUGAUGCAAACUGAAAGAUUAAUUAAACAUGCUGUUGCUGAAGGUUUAUCAAUUUGUGUUGUUAUAAAUAAAAUGGAUAGAUUAAUAUUAGAAUUAAAAUUACCACCAGUAGAUGCAUAUUUUAAAUUAAAACAUACAAUUGAUGAAGUUAAUUCAAUUUUAGAUUUAUGUUCACAUGGUAGUGGUAGUGGUGGUAGUGAUGGUAAUACUAGAGGUAGUGCUAAUGAAAAGAUUAAAGUAUCACCAGAAUUAGGUAAUGUUAUUUUUGCAAGUUCAGAAAUGGGUUGGUGUUUUAGUUUAGAAUCAUUCGCAAAUAUUUAUAUUGAAACUUAUGGUGGUGGUUUUAAGAGUAGUGAAUUUGCUAAAAGAUUAUGGGGUGAUCUUUAUUUUAAUGAAAGUACACGUAUGUUUAGAAAACAAGCAUCAGGAAAUGGUGAACAUGUAAGAUCAUUUGUACACUUUAUUUUAAAUCCAAUUUAUAAGAUUUAUUCAACUGUAAUUAGUGAAGAGAAACCAGUGGUUGAAGCAACCCUAAGAGAAUUGGGUAUUAAACUUUCAAAAGAAACUUAUAAUUUAGAUAUUAGACCAUUGUUAAGAGUUGUAUUGGGUUCAUUUUUCGGUGGUAAAUCAAAUGCAUUUGUAGAUAUGUUGGCAGCAUUACCAUCACCAAUUGAUAAUGCUAGACGUAAAGCAACAACACUCUAUACAGGUCCAUUGAAUGGUGAGUAUGGCAGGUCAUUGGUGGAAUGUGAUCCAAAGGGUCCAUUGCUAAUUUAUAUCACAAAGUUAUUAUCAAAACCCGAUGGUAAAGGAUUCGAUUGUUUAGGUCGUAUUAUGUCUGGUAGCAUUAGUAAAGGUCAAUCCAUUAGAGUUUUACGUGAAAAAUACUCACCAGAUAAUAAUGAAGAAGAUAUGGAAGAAUGUGAAUGUGAAGGCGUUUUCAUUGGUGAAGCACGUUAUAAAAUCGAGAUUGAAAAAGCACAAGCAGGUAUGUGGGUUUUAUUAGAUGGUGUCGAUGGUCCAAUCGUAAAGACUGCCACCAUUACCUCAAAAAAAGAUUUAUCAUCUGACGAGGAUGAGAAUAGGGCACAUAUUUUCCGUCCACUUCAUUUCAUAACUAAAUCAGUUUGUAAGGUUGCAAUCGAACCAAUCAAUCCAUCGGAAUUACCAAAGAUGUUGGAUGGUUUAAGAAAGAUCGAUAAAUCCUAUCCAUUGGCAAUUACAAAGGCUGAGGAAUCGGGUGAACAUGUUAUUUUAGGUACAGGUGAGCUUUAUUUAGAUUGUAUUUUACAUGACCUUAGAUUAAUGUAUACAGAGAUUGAAAUCAAAGUAGAUGAUCCAGUUAUCACAUUGACAGAAACAAUCGUUGAAACUUCAUCAAUUAAAUGUUAUGCUGAUACUCAAAAUAAAAAGAAUCGUCUAACAAUGAUCGCUGAACCAUUGGAGAAUGGAUUAGCCGAUGAUAUUGAAAAUGGUAUGGUGAAACUGGAUUGGCCAAAGAAAAAGAGAUCAGAAUAUUUCCAAUCAAAGUACGACUGGGAUGUUUUAGCCUCCAAUUCGAUUUGGGCAUUUGGUCCAGAUAUCAAUGGUCCAAAUAUCCUAUUGAACGAUACCCUCCCAACUGAAGUGAACAGAUCCCUUCUAUUAUCCAUCUCUGAUUCCGUGGUUAGAGGCUUCCAAUGGGCCACUAAAGAAGGUCCAUUGGUUGAUGAACCAAUUAGAAAUGUAAAAUUCAAACUAUUGGAUGCCACCAUUGCCUCUGAACCAAUUCAAAGAUCCAGUGGCCAUAUUGUACCUGCCGCACGUUCUGUAACACAUUCAUCAUUUUUAGUAUCAACACCACGUUUAAUGGAGCCUGUUUAUCUAGUUGAAGUAAUCUCACCAAUCGAUUGUCUCAAUGCAAUCGAAAAUGUUUUAACACGUCGUCGUGGUCAUAUCAUUCAUGACUUGCCAAAACCUGGUACACCACUUCACAUUACAAAAGCUUUAAUACCCGUAUUGGAUUCAUAUGGUUUUGAAACCGAUCUUAGAGUUCAUACUCAAGGUCAAGCUUUCUGUCUUUCAACAUUUGAUCAUUGGCAAGUGGUUCCAGGUGAUCCUUUAGAUAAAUCAAUUAAACUUCGUCCAUUAGAACCUUCUCCAAAACUUCAUUUGGCUCGUGAACUUUUAAUCAAAACUCGUAAGAGAAAAGGUCUAUCUGAAGAUGUUAAUUUUGGUAAACAUUUCGAUGAACAACUUUUAUUAUCUUUAUCUCAAAAUGAAAAUCAAUAUAGAUAA